AUGGUAUUACUUGGAGCUAUUGACCAAGGCACUUCGAGCAGUCGCUUCCUUGUGUUUGAAGCUGAUUCCGGCGAAUUGGUUACUUCUCAUCAGAUCGAGGUUCGACAGCUCUUCCCCAACCCAGGAUGGGUUGAGAUGAAUCCAAUUGAAAUAAUCGACACUGUCAAGGAAUGUAUUCAGGAAGUGGAGAUGAAACUGUUAAACCUUGGAAUGAGCGUUGAAGAAAUCAAAAGUGUUGGCGUCGCCAAUCAAAGAGAAACGACGAUUGUUUGGAAUAAGAAAACAGGACUUCCUCUUCAUAAUGCUAUAGUCUGGCUCGAUACUCGCACAUCCGACUUGGCUGCAGAAAGUAUCGCCAAAACUCCAUCUGGAUCACAAAAUGAAUUCAAACAGAAAACAGGAUUACCCAUUCAUCCAUAUUUCUCUGCUUUGAAACUCAAAUGGCUGCUGAUGAACGUUCCUGAAGUUCAGGAAGCUUAUGAAGAAGGGAAUCUCUUGUUCGGUACAGUCGACACUUGGAUCAUUUGGAACCUUACUGGACAGUUCGUAACAGAUGUUACUAAUGCUUCCAGAACAUUACUUCUUGAUUUACAUAAAAGGAAGUGGUCAACACAAUUAUGUGACUUCUUCUCUAUCCCAAUUGAUAUUUUACCUGCAAUUCGAUCAAGUGCUGAAUUGUAUGGAACAAUUUCAAGCGGACCACUGGCUGGAGUUCCACUCUCUGGUUGUUUAGGCGAUCAGCAAGCUGCUAUGGUCGGUCAUGGAUGUCUUCAGAAAGGAGACACAAAAAAUACUUAUGGAACCGGUACUUUCAUGUUGUGCAAUAUCGGCUCUGUGCCAAUUAUCAGCAAGAAUGGUCUACUCACUACAGUAGGGUUUCAGUUUGGUCCAGAUCGCCCUGUUAUAUUUGCAUUAGAAGGCUCAGGAUCCAUCGGUGGAAAUGUCGUUCGAUUCUUAAGAGAUAACUUUCAAUUCAUUAAAGAUUCCUCCGAAAUGGAACCAAUUGCUCGUUCAGUAGAAUCAACUGAAGGGGUUUUCUUUGUCCCGUCAUUCACCGGACUAUAUACUCCUUAUUGGGACCCAACUGCACGAGGUACCAUCCUCGGUUUAACACAGGUUACAAAUAGGGCUCACAUCUGCUUGGCUGCUCUCAAGGCCGUCGCUUAUCAAAGUGCUGAGAUGAUCGAAUGUGUAGAGCAGGAUUUGGAUAACGAAGUGACCAUCAAAACAUUGAAGGUGGACGGUGGAAUGACUGCUAAUAAGCUGUUCAAUGAGAUACAAGCUGAUGUCAUCGGCAGACGUAUUGAAACUCCAUGGACGACAGAAAUAUCGGGAUGGGGUGCUGCUAUAGCUGGUGCUGUUGGGGCGAAUCUCAUGAGCACCGAUGAUCUACUGAACAGACCUCAGAGAAGCAAUGGUUAUGACCCCACAACAGAUGAAAAUAGUAGACGACAAGAUAACUUGAGAUGGAAAGACGCUGUGCAGCGGUCUUGUAAAUGGGCUCUGUAA